CUUUGUCGCCAGGCUGGAGUGCAGUGGUGCGAUCUUGGCUUACUGGAACCUCCGCCUCCCUGAUUCAAGCGAUUCUCCUGCCUCAGCCUCCCGAGUAGCUGGGACUACAGGCACGCGCCGUCACGCCCAGCUGAUUUUUGUAUUUUUAGUAGAGACGGGGUUUCACCAUGUUGGCCAGGAUGGUCUCGAUCUCUUGACCUUGUGAUCCGCCUGCCUCAGGCCUCCCAAAGUGCUGGGAUUACAGGCGUGAGCCACUGCACGUGGCCAUAAAUCACCUUUUAACAUUAAUUCCCUUUCAUGGAUGUGUCAGAAGCAUCUGAAUAUGGGUUCCUGGCAGUGAAUGAGCUAGACCCAGAUUUGAACACUGGCUUCUAGUCUUACCAGUUUCAUGGCCUCCAGUAAGCUCCUUGGCCAGAACCUCAGUUUCCUCAUUUGUAAAAUAUGGAUAAUACCAGCCCCCUCCUUAUGGGGUAGUUGAAUUGGAUACUACUUAUUGCUGGCACAAGUGAGUGGUUUCUGCAGAGCUUCAUUUGGAAAGGCCUCUGUAGUUGGGGAAAGAUGGCCCAUUCCCAGAACUCCUUGGAGCUUCCCAUUAACAUCAAUGCCACCCAGAUUACCACUGCCUAUGGCCAUCGGGCCCUGCCCAAGCUGAAGGAGGAACUGCAGUCAGAGGACCUCCAGACAAGGCAGAAAGCCCUCAUGGCCCUGUGUGACCUCAUGCAUGACCCCGAGUGUAUCUACAAGGCCAUGAACAUAGGCUGUAUGGAGAACCUGAAAGCUUUGCUGAAGGAUAGCAACAGUAUGGUGCGGAUAAAGACCACCGAGGUGCUCUACAUCACGGCGAGCCAUAGCGUGGGCAGAUACGCCUUUCUAGAGCACGACAUCGUCCUUGCCCUGUCCUUCCUGCUGAAUGACCCCAGCCCAGUCUGCCGGGGGAACCUGUACAAGGCAUACAUGCAGCUGGUCCAGGUGCCUAGAGGGGCCCAAGAGAUCAUCAGCAAAGGUCUGAUUUCCUCACUGGUAUGGAAGCUGCAGGUGGAGGUGGAGGAGGAGGAGUUCCAGGAGUUCAUCCUGGACACACUGGUCCUCUGCCUGCAGGAGGACGCCACCGAGGCCCUGGGCAGCAAUGUGGUGCUUGUCCUGAAGCAGAAGCUCCUCAGCGCCAACCAGAACAUCCGCAGCAAGGCCGCCCGUGCGCUCCUUAAUGUCAGCAUAUCUCGAGAGGGCAAGAAACAGGUGUGUCAUUUUGACGUCAUCCCCAUCCUGGUCCAUCUGCUGAAAGACCCAGUGGAGCAUGUGAAGUCUAACGCUGCCGGUGCCCUGAUGUUCGCCACAGUGAUCACUGAAGAGAUGGAAUCUCAUUAUGUUGCCCAGGCUGGUCUUGAACUCCUGGGCAGGAUACGAGGGUGGAUGGAGAGGAGCCAGUUGAGGCCGGAAAGGCAGGAGAUGAAGAGGCCAGGCCCAGGCCGGACUCAGCGAAGAUGCAAGAGCCCUGAGGGGAAGUAUGCGGCCCUGGAGGCACAAGCCAUCGGCCCGCUCCUGGAGCUGCUGCACUCCCCCAUGACCAUAGCACGCCUGAAUGCCACCAAGGCCCUUACCAUGCUGGCAGAGGCCCCCGAGGGCCGCAAGGCCCUGCAGACACACGUGCCCACUUUCCGUGCCAUGGAGGUGGAGACUUACGAAAAGCCUCAAGUGGCCGAAGCCUUACAGCGGGCAGCCCGGAUCGCCAUCAGUGUCAUCGAGUUCAAACCCUGAGCCCCUCAUUCAUCUCUGUGAGUGAAUAAAUGCACUAAGUCUCUUUA